UGAAGAUUUUGGGGCUUUUUUAAUUUUCGACAAUUCUUUCAACAUGCUCCUAACAUUUAUUCUGAUGUCGCUCACAAUUUUAACUUUCGUUUGCUCUCCAAUGAUGUUGGAAGACAUCAUCGAGGAUGAAGUCACAUCUAUUCAAACCUCCGUCAACUUCACUAGAAGUCAGGAAAACGUGAACAACUUCGGCUUUUUUACAGUGAUAUGCUAUCCGUGGUGUGUAUGCUCUAUGGGCAUAAGCGCACACGUAACGGGGUAUUAUCUUUUCAAAAAACAUCGUUCCACUUUGUAUGAAUACUAUGCCAAGUAUUCAACGUUACUAGAGCUAGAACAAAACAGAAACCGAGAUUUAAGAUUGUUCUCAAAGUUUUGCCUGAUUCUCAUAUUUCCACUCAUCCCAAACACCGUCUUCUUGAUUGUAUUUAUAUGUAUGAAUUACAACGGGCUAGUUGUCUCAACAGUUUUCAUCGUUUUGAACUUUCUUAAUGUAUCGUCCAACUGCUGUGAAGCUCAAUUCUGUACUAUCAGUUACACAUUGAAAUUGGCUUUUAGUAAACUAAAUAAGAAACUUGACCGCCUUGUUGAAGCGAUUGACACAAUGAUUUUGUGGCAAGUGGAGGAAAAAUCCGAUACAAUUGAGGAGAACAAAAAAAAAUCUAUAGAGAAUAAAGAGCACACCACAAUUUCAUUGGAGCGUACAGAUCACCUUCACAAUAAAAUGCAAAGAUCAAUGGAAAGUACUCACAGUCAUUCCUAUUACAAUAGAAAAUUCAGUACUUUGUGUCCAAAAUUCUAUGCAGAGCUGAAAACAUCGCACUCGAUGUACCGCGAAAAUUGGAGACUAUUUUCUAUUUUGAAGUCGGUCUACAGCUUACAAAUGCUGUUUUCUAUUACAUCUUUGUUCGGAUUGAUUCUUCUCAGUCUGCACUUCUUGAUUAUGAGAAUAACAGGCAAAAGCAGUAAGAAAGCUGGUUUCAAUACAGUUGAUUUUUAUCUGUUACACAACAUUGUUCGAUUUAUAUUGCUAUUGAGCAUAGGUCAACAGUGCUCGACUCAGGCAAAGCAAGUAAAACAUCUGGUUGCGUCACUCAAUAACAGAUUUCUCGAUAAGGAGUCCAAAGAGGAGCUCAUGAUAUUUUCAAACUACGUUAUGAGUCAUGAAGUGGAAUUUGCAGCUUAUGGAUUUUUCACACUUAACAUGCGUCUUCUUACCUCGGCUAUAGCAGCAGGCACAACUUACUUGGUGAUUCUAGUGCAAUUUCAUUCUGGAUAAUUUUGAACAGUUUAAUUCGAUUUAGGUGAAGCUAAUUAGAUUAGAUUGUGUUGAACAACUUAUUUGGCCCUGCUUGACACAUCACAUAGUCUAGUCAUCAUCUUAGAAGAUUCAAAAAUCGAAUCUAGAGUAUUAUAAUGUAAAAAUAGUGGAUUUACAAAAUAGCACACUCAAUAAUUGUAACUUUUGAGCAGAACAUUACUGAGAAAAUAAAUUCCAUACUAUAUAGUGAUCACAACAUAGAAGUCUAAUCAAUUAAUAUUUUAUUUAUAGAGUUUAAAUCAGAUAACUGAUUUCAAACUGUGGUUUGUCUUUUAUCGAAGUGUUAGAAGAUAAAUUGGAGAAUCUAGAAGAAUUUAUAAUACAAAUAUAUAGUUUUACUUCGUCUGCACAAGAUUAUUUGAAGUUUUAAAUGAAG